AUGGCAAGCUGGACAGAUGACCAAGUUGCGCAAGCCAGAGGCGUGGUUCAGGAGCAGCUGAGGGAGAAGAGCGCCCUGGAGGUCUUGGAGCUCGCCGCCCGGCUGGCGCUACGGGGCAGCGCGGAGUCCUGGCUUUGCGUGGUGGACCAGGUGGUAGCGCGCCUGGAGCCCUUCCCGAUCAAGGAGUGGCCGGUGCUGCUGCAGCUGUUGAUGGCCGCGGAGAACGUGGAGGUCCAGGAGGCCGACUUUUUCGUGCACUGCGCGGGGAGUUUGGAAGCCAGAGCCAAGACAGAGAAGCUCGGCCGCAGGGCAGACUUUGCGAAGCAGCUCGCCUGCUUCGCGGACCUCUUGCGGCUGCGGGGUGUGUGGCUAGGAGCUGUCAGCGGGAUGAUUGACACGAUCGAGGAGCUCGGGGAGUGCAUCACCCGCAGCGUGUCCUCGGACCUCUCCAAAGCAGAAGCUACCGAGAACCCGGGGAAGCUUGGCGAGGAUGAGCUUUGCGCGGCACAAGGCCCGCCCUGGCUCAGUGAGGAUGGUGCCACACCAUACCUGUUGCAGACCGCCUCUUCUGCGAUCAAAGCGAGCGAGGCUUUGGACAUUCAUCUGGGGCCAGCCACAACUUCCAGCACCACCACCGCCUGGAAUUCGGGCGGCGGCAUUGUUGGCAUCAAGAUGAACGGCAAGGGCGACUUCUCGGCAUUUUGGGCGGGCCUGGCAACCAACAUUGCCAUGACCGUUGGUUGCUACAUCAUAUUCUUGGUGCUGCGAAAGUUGUACCCCAUGCUGUACGAGCACAACCAGGAAGUCAUCGAGAAACUGAAGCAGGAGCGCUUCAAGCUGAGCAGCAGCGUUUUUGCGCCGGUGAUUGCGUCCUCCAGAGUCACCGUGGAUGAUGCCAUCGAAGCGGUAGGCCUCGACCACGGCAUGCUGCUGCAGUUUGCUCAGUUUGUCAUGACCCUCAUGCUGAUGAUCGGCAUUCCAGCGCUGGUCGUGCUUUGCCCCAUGUUCGCCCUGGCGGGUGGCCAUGCGGCUCAGAGCCGGCUGAGCUUUAUUGGCUUCGCCAACGUGAAAGAGAAUAGCUUGGUGUGCUACCCUGUGGCUCUCUUUGUGUGGUACGUGGUCAUCGUCACACAGUGGAAGAUCUUCAGUGUCAUGGAGAACAAGUUCCAGCAGAGGCGGAAAGACUGGCUGAUGCGUAUGCCAAUGCCACGAUCGCAGACCGUGUUGUUGGAGUGCAUCCCCGAAGAGUUUCGCAGCCAGAAAGCUCUAAAGGAGUUCUUCGAGGACAUCUUCGGUGGAGGAUGCAUCGAUGAAAUUUUCUUCGUGCGAGACACCACAACCCUUAUGACCUGCACCAAAAUCCGGGACGAGUGCAGUCAAGAUCUUCAUGAAGCAGAGUUUGCUUGGGACAAGUCAGGCGAGGCAGACGAAGACGCACGCAAGAAGCUCGAGGCAGCACUGGAUGUGGCCGAGAAGAAGGUGGAAGAAGCCCGGCAGGAAGUUCUGGAGUCGGAGAAAGGACACAGCGCCUCUGCUUUCGUGACCUUCAAGGAUCAGAAGCAGAGCAUCAUGGCACUCAACAUGCGAUACACCGCGGAUGAUGAGGAGUUUGUGGUUUCUGUGCCGCCGGACCCUGCAGAUGUGCGCUACAACGACCUGCGGGUGGAUUAUCGCGUAGAGGCUGCGGGCAGGACGCUGGGCUAUGGAAUGAUAGCCGGGCUGUUCUUCGGCUUUAUCCCGAUUGUGGCUGGCGUCACCAACUUGUUGACGCUGGAGAGCGUGACAAAGGUUGACUUGUUGAACACUUUCUUCGACAACAACCCGAGCCUCGCGGCCAUGUGGAGCUCUCUGGCGUCAACCUUGGGCCUCACGAUCUUCAUGUCCUUUCUGCCGACCUUCCUGGUGCUCAUUUUCAACUACUGCUUUGCCCUCAAGGCAGAUGCAUGGGAGCAGCAUCUCAUCCAGCAGUGGUACUUCUACUUCUUGGUUGUAUAUGUGCUCUUGGUGACCGCUGUUGGCACAUCGCUUUGGGAACGAUCCACGGAGUUGAUCGAGAACCCUACUGCGAUCUUCAGCCUCCUGGCGAACUCGCUGCCGAACGCCUCGCACUUCUACUUGAAUUAUGUUCCUCUGCAGUGGUCCACCCAUGCCAUGAACAUGACUCGCUACAUCAACGUGUUCAAGUAUGUGGGUUUCCGCAAGGUUUGCUCUGAGGAGAGGGCAAGAAGCAAAGCUGAACCUGAAGACCAAGACUACUAUGGUAUUGGCUCACGCAGCGCCCGGCACACGCUGAUCGCCGUGACUGGCCUGGUCUUUUGCACCCUGUGUCCUCUGAUUUGUAUUCUUUGCCUCAUCAAUGGAUGUGUGUGCCGCUUCUUUUACGGCUUCCUGAGUGUGUAUGCUGAGGAGAAGAAGGCAGACCUUGGCGGUGUCUUCUGGCUGACUCAGAUGCGGCAUAUGCAGCAGGGUCUGUUGGUCUACCUCAUUCUCAUGACGGGUGUGCUGCUUGAGCGAGGGCAAAACAUUGUCCCGGGAGUCAUAGCGGGCAGCAGUGCGGCCUUGUGGGUGUGGACCUACCGACGCUUCAACCACAAGUUCCACUUGGAGAACUUGCCCUUGCGCGACUUGAAGGCUGCGGCAUCUGGGGACAAGCGAGAGACCUCAAGGGCCAAGUACAUGCAGCCAGAGUUGGUGGUCCACGAGGAUAGCCCUAGGAAGCGCAAAUGA